UGUGCCUUCAAUUCAACUAACGGUUUAUACAUGCAGCAGCAAGCUACCUCCUCGGCAGUUGGCCAAAAUAAUUUGCAACAGUUUACAAGAAGUCUUAACGAAGCUAGAAUAAAUGUGAACACUAGCAACCUUUAUAGCAGACAUCACUACGCAAAUGCUCCUACAAAGAACCCAAGCUUGCCAUCUGACCUAAACUAUUGUCCCCCGACAGAAAACGCACAUUAUGGCCAAAGUAGUUUGGUUGGUGGACAACUUUACCAGUUGUUUGCUGAGAAAUCAAAUAAUGUUAACAUGCAAAUGUAUUCUACAUGUGUACAGAACCUGCAACAGAAUAACGCUGCUCAGAGAGCUGUUGCUGUUGUCACACCAUUGUCUCCGAUAGGAAUAGCCCCCGUUAACGUAUCGGACAGUUCUGCUAAUGUGAAAAUGAACGAAACGUCUGUGCAAGAAACCGUGUACCAUCAGCCAAACAUUCCACAUUCUCUGGUGAACCAAACGGGAGAAACAAAUGACCCAACAAGAGAGAAUCAACGACAGUCAGCAGAGCCAAGGCUGAAUAAUGGACUUUGUAACCAAGUUGGAGCCAGAAGUCCAGUUUUGGCUGAUAAAUCAACCAGCCAAAGUUGCCACACAAGUUCACCACAGUUGGAAAGUGUGGUUGCAGAACAAACCAAGUCCGUUCCAACUCAAAUGCAAAAUGAACCAGCUGAAAAGACAAAUCAAAACUGCACCAUCACCGAUAAGAAAACACUGGACUCCAUUCCAUUUAUUGAAUGGUCAUUAGAUCGAUUGGCGGCCUUAAUAGUUGUGGUUCAGCACAUGGAAGACGGGAAUCAGAAUAAAACUGAUCCUGGGAGGGACAUCUUAAGGCUUUAUUGGAAUGGGGAUCGUAGCAAGUUUUCUGAAGCUGUAGAUAGUGGCAUAUAUCAAAGUAUAAUGGAAGAAGUUUAUGUCUAUUCACCAAUGAAUGAGCCUGUGAUACUAAGGCAAAUGCACCAUGAUGCACGUAGCAAAGUCUUUGACGAUUUUCAUGUUUUAAAUCACAACGAAGAGCCACCGAAGAUGACAUACAAGUCGUCUUGGUUGAAUCUUAAUGAAAACGUUGAUGACAUUGACAAGGAAUGUGGUUAUUCUUGGUUCUAUAGAUCUUCACAAAAUGUCCCAGAACAAGAAGCACCAAGCAAAUUGCAAGAAACCAUUGAAAAGCCAUCACUGAUUAGGUAUAAACAAUUACCAUCAGAGGUGGAGAACGUAGUACCAGCAAACAAACCAACACCAAACAAUGAGAGUCUAUGUGAAAAUGUGCCUGUUUCAUUUAAUGGACAAUCUCCAUCUGUGCCUGACAUCAACUGUUCACCAAAGCAUGAUUAUCAGGUUGCAGGACUAACCAACAGUCAACCAAUUAUUACAAAUUCUCUGGAGGCCACUGUUGUGAAGGGUUUGGAUAAACAAGAUGUCCCGAAUGGAACGGCGAGUUCGGCUAACCAAUUUGGAGCCAAGAGUGUUGUGUCGGCCAAAUCAACUAGCCAAAGUGACUACACAAACUCGCCAAAGCCCAUUCAUGUGGUUGCAGAAGAACAGGAGAUUGUUUUAUCUUCUCAAAUGCAAGUUGGAUCCAGUGAAAAAAUGCUUGGCAAUGACUGUGUCAUCCUUGAUAAGAACGUGAGAUGUGAGACCUUCCCGAAACCUGGUCAAGAACUGCCUGUGCACGUGAAUGAAAUGGAGACUAACAAGAUGGAUGCUUCAGCCGCUAAGAUGAAUGUUCUCCCUCAUGAAUCGGCUAGACCGUGCUUUGCUAAUGAGAUAAAAGAACGUAACGGUGUUGCAUUUCCAGACAAGCACAAGGCGUCUUUGUUGAACACACCCCCAGUACUUGACAAAAUCUCAACGGAAGAACAAAUAAGAAGGCAGAUGCUCGAGGGUAAGGCCAAAAAUUCAGCAUCCAUGGUUCUAGCAUCGCUCUCAGCCCGUUAUAAAUCAUCUGUCGCUGAACAUAAUCAGAUUACUGACAAAGUACGACAAGAUAAACAAAUAUCCUUUGAGAAUAGGAGUCGCGAACAAUCUCCUGUUGCCUUGAAUGCUCAGUCUCCACCAGUGAUUGAUAACUUGUCUCCUCUGCUUACUGAAGAGCAAACCAACUGUCAGCCAAAUACUGUUAAUCCACUGAAGGGCAUGACAAAUCUGGUGAAGACGUUGGAAAAACGAAAUGCUUCUUUAAGAAUGUAUCAAAAAUGUAUAGAAAAACGUGUUGGUUUGAAAAAGCGUAAACAGUCAUCUACAACGUCAAAAAUGGACAGUUUUGGUAAUCGUGUUGGAGCCAGUAGUCCCAUCUUGAUUGAUGACUCGUCCAGCCAAAGUGACUGCACAAUCGACACACCGACGCUUAGUCCUGAUCCACAACCUUGUCUUUCUGUACAAACAAAUGAACAGAAGAUUAAGAUGGAUGGUUCAUCUUCUGUUAAGCUUGAUGUACUCACUCAGGAAUUGGCCAAACAAUGCUUUGCUGAAGAUGAAGACAUUGCUGCAACACCAAAGACUCCAACAUUAAGGCUGGAUGACCCUUUUUGUAAUCGAGCCAAUGAUAAAUCAGACAAUGCAAAUCCACCAAAACUUUAUCCAGUGGUCACAGGACCAUCUCAAACCCAAAAUGAAUUUGAUGAAGAAAUGCCUGAAAUUGACUGUGUACUCCCAAAUGAGACUCUAAGAUGCGAGACCAAUCCAAAACCUAGUCAAGAACGUCCUGUGAACAUGAAUGAAGAGGAAGAUGUCGAGAUGGAUGCGUCAGCUUUUAUUAAGAUCAAUGUUCUCACUCAGGAAGUGGCUAAGCAAUGCUUUGCUGGUCAGUUAGUGCAGACUAGUGGAUCAGUCAGCCCAGUUGACCAUGCAAAUCCACCGAUGCUUCAUCCUGUGCUUGCAGAACUAUCUCGAGUGCAACCAGAUGAAGAAAUGCCUGAAAUUGACUAUGUACUCUCGGAUAAGAGAUGUGAGACAGAUCCAAAACCUGGUCAAGAACUUACUGUGGAAAUGAACGAAGGGGAGAUUGUCAAGUUGGACACUUCAGCUUGUAUGAAGAUUAAUGUCCUCCCUCAUGAUUUGGCUAAGCAAUGCUUUGGUGUUCAAAUGAUGGAAGAUGAAGACACUUUUGCACCACCAGAGAAUUCACCCAAAUCAACAAAUGUACGGAUAAACACAGGGAGGUUGGAAGAGACUGAUGGAGCUAAAAGUCCAAUGUUGACUGCUGGAUCAGCGAGCAAAAGUAGCUGUGCAAGUCCACCAAAACUCAAUCCUGUGAUUGAAGAACCAUCUCAAAUGCAAAAUAAGUUCAAUGAAGUAAUGCCUGAAAUUGACUGUAUGCUCAAAUAUGAGAUCAUAAAAUCUGAGACUGAUCCAAAAGCUAGUCAAGAACUUCCUGUGAUCAAGAGUGAAGAGGUGACUGAGAAGAUUGGCAGUUUAGACUCUAUUAAGAUCAACAUUCUCCCUCACGGAAUGGCUGAGCUAUGGUUUGCCGGCGAGUCUGAAAAUAAGGACUUUCAGAAAGACCUUGCAGUUCGUGUUUCCACUGACGACCAGGUGAAAGCUCAAGUCAUGGAGCUCAAGUCAGAAAAAGAACCACUCCUAGAAGAUGUGAAGCCAAAAGAGAGGAUUGGUGAUGGACUGUUGGAGUCUUACUGUUGUCUUGCUAAAUGGUUUCAAAGUUUAGAAUUUGGAAAAAACUCUUUGUGCACGUGCCAGAUAAAAGCUGAGUUGAAGGAGAAAGAGAUUAAAAUUGAGGCCCACAGCACAAGUUUAGAGGUGCGGCCGACUACAGACAAUCCAGGUGAAUGCGAACAGGUGGAAACGGAAGAUGCUGCUCUUGAAAGAACCGAUGACUCUGAAGUCACAGACGAUUCUGAAGACGAAAACCCAUUGCUGUACGAUCCUACUGCAGACAGGACAAAGAUCAUUAAGGACACUUCAAGUUCUGAAGAGGUGUCCAAGGUAGAGACUGAAACUUCAGAGCAGGAAAUAAAUGAACCGCCCACAAAAUGUGCAACAAAUGAAACGCCUAUGAAUGAGAUGGAGCAAGACAACCCAGAUCCUGAUUUGAAGACUUCUAUAAAUGAGAUUGAGCAAGAUACCCCAGCUACUGUUUUGAAGACUAAUACGGUAUGUCUUGCACUGUUUGGCUCGUCUUCUGGAAAAAGAAACAAACUAAAGCUAAGUAAGAGAACAAAAGAGAAAUUAAGUUGUGAAGAACCUCCAAAAACUCUUCAAGUAACUAUAAGCUCUUACCAGAAGAUUCAAGAUAAGAGCAAGUCCGUGAAGCGCAAAUCUGUGGAAGCAGAUAAUGAUGAUGAUAUGGAUAGAAAAGAGAGAAUACAAGGAGCAUCCUUGCAAAACUUGGCUCGGCGUAAAACCUUGCCCUUGGAUCCUGUUUCUGCACUCGACAAAAAUGGACUUUCAUCUACCUCAGUCAGAAAACCACUCAAUCCAAGUGGUAAUGUAAAGAGUGACGUCCGUUUGUCUGAAGGGAAUAAGCGAAAGAGACCACAUAAGCAGAUAACGCAACAAAUUUCUAUGAACAAAUUUAUUAUCAGAGGGAAGACCGUGCCAGCUAAAUUAUUGCAUUCACCCGAGAAUAGUAAAUACGAGUUGGGGAACCCUUCUUUGAUGCCACUGGAUGAAGAUUCUGCUUUGGAGUUCAAAGUAUUGCCAGAGUCUUUUAACUUUGAAGAUGGAGCUGAACUUAACUGCGCUCAAGCCGACAAGUCACAGAGUGCAAAAAAUGGGAUGUCCGAUCAAGGCGAAGAAGCUAAAAGGAUGAAAACUAGCCCUGUGCCAACCCAAGGUGUUUGGAGUUUCAGCCCCUUGAGGAAAAAGCACACUCAACCCAUCCAGGCUGCCGAUGUCUCGGGUUCCUGUAGCCUUUUCCAAGAGUUCAAGAGGAAAUAUCAAAAAAAGAAGGACACUGGCUCCAAGCAGAGCUUGAAUUCCAGUGAAAAAGCUUGAUUUUUUUUCUAUUAAAAUGACAGCAAAUGGG